CUACUUCAAAGUUAGUUACAUGUACAACUGUGAAUGUUAUACUUGUAAGUUACAACUUUCAAAAAGUUACAACUUUGAAAGUUGUAACAGUCUGCACUCAAACACCAAAAUCUGCACCAUGGAGAUAAUCGAGAAAGGAAAGGCUAAUCAUGAGCCUCAAAACUCAACAACGCCACCACCAACAACACCAACAGCACCAACACCAACUCGUCGGAGGUGCCGACGUCGGUUUCGUUUACCCUUGAUUUUCUUACUAUUGCUCAGCGUCACUGCUUGGUUUCAUCUGCCGCACUUCCAAUGUCGCCACAGUUCUGAUGCGCACUCUGUACAAAAAUGUGCCAUCGAAAAUCUUCAUGCAGACCUUUCAUUCCUUGAUUCAGCCAAACCUAUUGAGGCAGAUGAGUUUCUUACGCGGCGGGACCGCUUAGCUCAAGCACUCGCCAAGUCUGGCGUUGAUGCUUUCGUGAUCGAACCGGGUUACACAUUUCAGUACUAUGGCAAUAUCUCCCAAGUAGAUUGGGAGCCAUGGGAGCCAGAAGAGCGCCCUUUUCUUAUGUUGAUUCUACCUCAAGUAGAGACAUCUGGAGAGGUCACUGCUAAGACAGCGUUCCUAUCACCCCAUUUUGAGGAAGGCCGUGUGCGUAUGCUAGGUAUUCCAUCUAGAGAAAAGGAUCUCGACAUCGUGAUUUGGGAGGAGCACUGGAACCCAUACGAAACCCUCAUGGACUCGCGUUUGUUUGGAAAAAAGGAUGGACCUGUACCAAAGCUUAUGGUGGAUGAAGAGAUGCGCGACUAUAUUGUCCGGGGGCUUGACUCCGCUGGCUUCCAGACGGUUGGACUCAAUGCCGAUGUCGAACUUGUACGACAGCAGAAGAGCCCUGCAGAGGUCGAACUGCUUCGCGCUGUAAAUACUGGCACCGUCGUAGCGGUAAGGGCAAUGCGACCAUGCCUGGUGCCUGGCCUGACGGAGAAUGAUGUCACCACCAUACUGAACAACGCACUUUUAUCCAUUGGAUUUGAUCUUUUCUUCAAUAUCGUCUUGUUCGAAGAACACGGGGCUUUACCCCACGGUGGGUUCGUCACAGGCUGGAAAAAGGUAACUCACGAUAGCAUGAUUGUUAUCGAUGUAGGAGCCCAUUAUCUUGGUUACAGUUCCGAUAUAUGCAGGAGCUUUUUCAUUGAUCCACCGAAAAGCGCGAAACGUACGAUCUGGAAAACCUUGGCAAAUCUUGUUGGAAUUGGAAGACCCUUGACGCAAGAGGGAGAGGAAUCCACCACGCGAGAUGCGGGUCUCCAUGCUGAAAAGCUAAAGGUCUGGGACAUAGUGCUGGAAGCACAGACCGCGGCGGCAGCGGCUUUCAAGCCUAACAAGACGGCCGCGGGCGUUGAUAUUGCUGCUCGAAAAGUAAUCUCAGAUGCAGGAUAUGGGGAUGCCUUCACCCACCGUUUGGGACACGGCAUUGGAAUUAAAGCACACGAAUCCCCGUACUUGAACAAGUGGAACACCGGAAUCCUCCUUCAGCCUGGCAUGACAUUUACCAAUGAGCCUGGUAUCUAUCUCGAGGGAAGAUUUGGUGUUAGACAUGAAGAUAUCUAUCUCGUGAAGGAGGAUGGCGAAGCAGAAUUGCUCACAGGACAGAGAGCGAGGGGUCCCUUUGAGCCUUAGAGAUACAUACGGUUCUUUUUGGUUCUAUGCGACAGACAAUGCGUCUCACUACCUCGGGAACUUUUGCUGCUCAAAUUUGCCAUUCCUUGGACACGCUCGCUCGCGUGCACAGGCAUCUAUGUACUUUAUGUAAAUCAUUGUUCCUCUGCUGAAUACCUAGCCAUGAAAUAGUUAACUUGGAUAGCCUAUUAACUCCAUACCACCUGAAAAAC